GUCAGUUGGGAGCGGACUCAGGAGAGGUCCAGUAUUUCGGUGCACGGGACACUUUUGUUUUUAUAUAGAUUCCAAGAUGGACGUCAGUGGAUUUGAUCAAUUUUGUGGGGGACCAUUUAUGAACUUGACGCUACUACUGGACGGUCCGUGGCCUCAGUUUACUGACUGCUUUAUCCACACCAUUCUCGUGUGGGUCCCGUGUGGCUACGUGUGGUUGUUGCUGCCCUACUUCCUCUACGACGUCAACAACCAAUACAGCACCAACAGCCUGAACACCGCAAGACGCAGCAGCCAACAAACAGGCUCCAGCACACCCAACCACGCAACAUCCAACAAACUAUCCGCAGUGACCAGCAAAGCCUCUGUUGCGAACGGCAACCAUCAUGGCUACCAUCACAAGUCGGGUUCUCACACCACGAACCAUCACAAGUCGGGUUCACACAAAACGAACCACCCCAACGAGGAAAAACCUGUUUUCUACCUCUCUACGCUAUGUGCUACUAAGAUGAUCUCCACAUCACUGCUGGCCCUGCUGUCCUUGAGCCAACUUCUAGUGGACAUUGUCCACUCACGUCAAGCUUCACAGCUAGUUGCCUCAACUCUUUAUCUACUCACAUACGCACUAGUCGUUUUUCAGUUGUGGUACGAAAGAUACAAGGGACGCUAUCCAAUGUUUAUGUCAUUUUAUUUUUACGGAAUGAAUUUUCUCCUGGGUAUAGUCCCUUGCUAUACUUGGAUUCUGACCGAGGGUUACAUGAGCAACCAAGGAGAGUUCAGUAUUCUCGUUGUCCAAGAGUUAUUGAACCUGUUCUGCUUUGGGUUGUCGUUUUUUUCCGACAAUUUGGUUGACACUAAGAAGGGAGACAACACACAAAUGGGAUCUAACCCCUGUCCAGAAGUGACAGCAUCGUAUCCGUCCAAGAUUUUAUUUUUCUGGAUGAUGAAGCUGAUGGUGACUGGCUUCAAGAGGGAAAUACAAGCAGACGACAUCUGGAGCCUGAACCCACGUGACCAGAGUUGUCGUCUGAACCUGUUGUACGACAAGUUUUGGCGCCAGGAGCAGGAGAGAGUGGAAUCAAUCAACCGUAUCCAUUUCCCUGGUGAGAAGAAGGGCGGACAACUCAGACGGUCUAGAGCUAGCCUGUCCCUCCCUGCCCACUACAGCAGCACUAGUGAGAGGACUUCUCUGCUUCUGUCCCCUGAUUCGAUCACUGGAGCUGAGGUGCCACCUAUGGACGUGGAGCUGACACGACCAAGCUUGACCCGCGUGCUGCUCAGGCUGGUGUGGAAGAACGCUCUGAUGGCCAUUGUCCAGAAGUUGUGUGCUGACUGCUGCCUUUAUCUAGGCCCGUUUCUCUUGGGGAUUUUGAUUGAUCUGCUGCAGGGGCCAGAGAAAGUAUGGCAGGCCUAUGUGGUCAGUUUUGCGCUGUUUUUGGCAGGGACAGGGAAGUCUUUUUUCUUCUCACAAUCUAUGUACAGGAGCUGCAUUCUGGGAAUGCACGUGAAAACUGUGCUGGUGGGGGCUAUUUAUAGAAAGGCUCUGACCAUAUCAAGCUCAGCCAGGAAAGGUUCGACCGUUGGUGAGAUCGUCAAUCUAAUGUCAGUCGACUGUCAGAGGCUGCAGGAUAUUUUGAGCACACUGUUGUAUAUCUGGACUACACCAGUACAGAUCAUUUUUGCUGUGACAUUACUCUACUACAGCAUAGGUCCUUCUGUCCUAACUGGGGUCGGUCUGCUGGUCCUACUGGUGCCCAUCAACACCUGGGUGGGCAGCAAACAAAAGCUGAUCCAAGAACAGAUCCUCAAGAGGAAGGACGAACGGAUCAAGAUGGUCAACGAGGUUCUGUGUGGGAUGAAGGUCCUGAAGCUGUACGCCUGGGAGGACCAGUUCAAGAAAAAAGUAGAAGACAUCCGUCAAAUGGAGGUCACACAGCUUUACAAAGUCGCCUUUCUGUAUGUCAUGUCUGGACUAUGUUGGGGAAUCACUCCGUUUCUGGUAGGUCUACUCACGUUCGCCACAUUUGUGCUCAGCGACCGGACCAAUGUCCUUGACCCACAGAAGGCCUUCGUCUCGCUGGCCUUGUUCAACCUGCUCAAAGUCCCGCUCAACUACGUCAGUACCAUCAUCAUCUACACCGUACAGACGUCUGUCUCCAUCAAGAGGAUCAACACGUUUCUGGUGACAGAUGACCUUGACACGUCCAUCACAACAUGGGACCAUGACUCUGAACACGCCAUCAGCAUUCAGAGAGGAACUUUUACGUGGGACAGGGAACUUCAGCCUACACUCAGAAACAUAAACCUGGAGGUCCCAGUGGGUCAGCUGACCGCCAUAGUUGGCCCUGUCGGUUCCGGCAAGUCUUCGCUCAUUCUCUCCAUCCUGGGGGAGAUGGAGAAAAUACAGGGGCAAGUCACUGUCAAGAGCCGGGUGGCCUACGUGUCCCAGCAGGCUUGGAUCCAGAACGCCACAGUGAGAGACAACAUCCUGUUCGGCCAGCGGUACCACAGGCAGCGCUACAGGCAGGUUGUCAAACUGUGUGAACUCGAGCGUGACCUGCAGAUCCUAGAGGCGGGGGACCAGACGGAGAUUGGCGAGAAGGGCAUCAACCUGAGCGGCGGGCAGAAGCAGCGCGUGAACCUGGCGCGUGCCGUGUAUAGUAACGCCGACAUCUUCCUGUUCGACGACCCGCUCAGCGCAGUCGACGCUCACGUCGGGAGUUCCAUCUUCAAAAAUCUCAUCGGCAAAAAUGGAAUCCUGGAUAAAAAGACUCGCCUGCUGGUGACACACGGCGUCCACUGGCUGCCACAAGUUGAUCACGUGGUGGUCCUGUCUAACGGAAGUGUGAGCGAGCAGGGCUCCUACCCCCAGCUGGUGAGCCACAAUGGCGCCUUCGCCCAGUUCCUGCAGAUGUACCUGCUGCAGGACCAGGACCAGGACAACAGGACGGACAGCGAGGAGGACGAGGAAGUCAGAAAAUCCAAGAAAGCGAUGCGGGCAGCUCUAGAGCGAGUGACGUCAGACACAGCUAAUACGUCAGCAGAUGAGUUUAAUUUCCAUAAGAGACCUGCACGUUCUAGCAUAAGCAGGGACGAGACGAGGCUGAAGCCACUGCUCACCCACGAGUCGCUCGACCUGUCCAUGGCGUCCACCAUGUUCGAGAAAAGUCUGUACGCCGAGGGGGGACAACUCGUGACGGCGGAAAAACUGGAAACAGGAAGUGUAAAACGUGACGUGUUCCUGGUGUACGGUCGGGCCGCGGGGCUCUGGUCAAUGGCCACAGCACUUCUGAUGUUCGGCCUCAACCAAGGUUUUAUCGUGGGCUCGAGCUUCUGGCUGUCCAAAUGGACGGAGGACGCCUUUUUGCUGAACGCCACAACCAGGGUGUCGGCAGAAGGGGCGCACAAGACUGAUGUCUACGUCAUCGUUUACGGGGUCUUCUUUGGCCUGGCUCAGUUUUCGACCUUCGUACUCUUCAACUACCUCUUCUGGUACCGACUGGUCCGCGCCGCCUCCAGACUCCACGGACUUCUGCUGGAGCGACUUCUGCACGCGCCCAUGGCGUUCUUUGACCAGACACCAAUCGGGCGGAUCCUCAACAGAUUCUCUAAAGAUGUGGACACGGUGGAUAACAAUUUACCUCUCAUUAUGUGUGACGUCAUAGUAACGGCAACCAUCAUCACUUUCACCAUCAUCGUCGUCCUCAUCAAGUCCCCCAUCUUUGGUGCUGUGCUGGUGCCUCUCAUCGUCCUCUUCCUCAUCAUCAAGAACUACUACGUGCGGACCUCCCGCCAACUGAAGCGGAUCGAGUCUAUCGCCCGGUCCCCCGUGUACGUCCACUUUAGCGAGUCGCUGACCGGGGCCGCGGUCAUCCGGGCCUACAGGGCCACGCCCAGGUUCACCGACACCUCAGACCAGAGGGUCGACAAGAACCAGGUCUACUUCUUCGCCAGUUUCGCUGCUCUCAGAUGGCUCCAGCAGAACAUGGACAUGUUGGCCAACCUUGUUGUGCUGUUUGCUGCUGUCCUGCAGAUUGUCAGCGGGGGAGGGGGCAGUGACGCCGGUCUCUCUGUGUCUUAUGCUCUCCAGGUGUCGGGGUCACUGCCCUACAUGGUCCGACAGAUCUGCGAGUUCGAGACAAACAUCGUGUCCGUGGAGAGGAUGAAGGAGUACUCACACGUCCAGCAGGAGGCUGCCCUAGUCAUCCCUAGCAACCGACCGUCGCCAUCCUGGCCAACCAGCGGCGACGUUACAUUCACCAACUACCAGACACGUUACAGAGAAGGUUUGGAUCUCAUUCUCAAGGGAGUCAACUGCCAUAUCAGGGGCGGGGAGAAGGUAGGAAUUGUGGGUAGAACUGGGGCUGGAAAAUCGUCCUUGACCCUUUGCCUGUUCCGCAUCAUUGAAGCUGUGAGUGGUUCGAUCAACAUAGACGGUGUCAACAUAGCGGACAUUGGCCUGCAUGACCUGAGGAGUAAACUCACCAUCCUGCCGCAGGACCCGGUACUAUUUUCUGGAACCCUGCGGAUGAAUAUCGACCCGUUCGAUCAGUACAGCGACGUCCAGCUGUGGACGGCUCUAGAACGUUCCCAUCUCAAGAGUUUUGUGGCUGGUCAGCCGGACAGGCUGUUGUACGAGUGUGGGGAGGAGGGCAGCAACCUCAGCGUGGGCCAGAGACAGCUGGUGUGUCUGGCCAGGUCACUCCUGAGGAGGACCAAGAUCCUGGUCCUGGACGAGGCCACGGCCGCCAUUGACAUGGAGACGGACGCGCUGAUCCAGGCCACCAUCCGGGAGGCCUUCAGGGACUGCACCAUCAUCGCCAUCGCCCACAGACUCAACACCAUCAUGGACUAUGACAGAAUCCUUGUGCUGGAUGCUGGAAUGAUCCGAGAAUUCGACACGCCCCAAAAGUUGAUCGAGGGAAAGGGCGUGUUCUACAAGAUGUGUCGUGACGCGGGGCUGGUCUAGUGUACACAUUUACACACAUCUAGUCAACACGUGUACACACAAACCUUGUCAACAUAUGUACACACAUCUUGUCAACACAUCUACACAAACCUGUCAACACAUGUACACAAACCUGUCAACACAUGUACACAAACCUGUCAACACAUGUACACACAUCUUGUCAACACGUGUACACAAACCUGUCAACACAUGUACACAAACCUGUCAACACAUGUACACAAACCUGUCAACAGAUGUACACAAACCUGUCAACACAUGUACACAAACCUGUCAACACGUGUACACAAACCUGUCAACACAUGUACACAAACCUGUCAACACAUGUACACAAACCUGUCAACACUUGUACACAAACCUGUCAACACGUGUACACAAACCUGUCAAUACAUGUUGACAAACAUUGACUCUGACCGCUGCGUACAAUACGAU